UGCCUGGAGGUUGGCGCGGAAGGGAAAGCUCUUCCCCAGACACUGUCCUGCGGGUGCCUGUGCCUACGCCUGUCAGUAGGGGGUUCCGCCGAGUGUGCGCCAACGGAGGGGUGGACGGGACGGGACGUCAGGACCGGAGUUGCAGGUUCCUGCACUUAAUGAAGUGAAAUGGAAGAAAAGCCCAUUUUUCCCAAAAGGAACAAGGAGCUGGUCAUUGGCAAAGAAGAAACUAAUUGGAGGAAUACCGUGCACCAAGAAAAUAAUUUUGCAUCUGGAAGCCACUCAAAGCAUUUUAACAGAAAGACAGAAAGUCAAAAGCAAAGGGAGAGCAGUGGUCCCAGUGCAAAGAAGCAUGUUCAAGUCUUCACAAAUAAUACAAAUACACUCACAGGAGCUGGUUACAGCCCAGGGACUAGGUCCAAAGAUAGACGUAAGGAAAAAAAUAAGAAGUGGGUAUCUGGUGCGGAACAGGGUUCUGUAGUUCAGAAGGAGAGGAAGGAGAAGGUGAAUGCUCCUGAGUUGAAAAAUAAGUUUCUGCCUAAAGGCAUGGAGCACGGUAAAACGGAAUGGACCAGGUCUCAAAAUAAUGGCAGUAAAGUCCGGCACACUCGAAGACAGCUACAGAAGGAAUAUAUAAAUAAUGAACUAUUUGGAAAACAAACAGAAGGCCAAAAGAAAUUAAAGAGAAUGAAAAGAAAUGAACAAAUGCAAAACUCUAAAUCAUCAGUUAUCGAUGAAUCCAAAUUAACAAAAGAAGCUCAACUACAUCUGGCCGAAGAAAGGCUCAAAGAAGAUUUGAUCUUCAGGUUCGAAAAGCGGGUCCGAAGUUGUCCAAAUGCAAAGUAUGAAUGCAAACUUUGUAGUGCGUUGAUUGACUCUGUGUCCUCUGCCUAUAAACACAUUAAGGAGAAAAGACACAAGAAGUGCCUCAAGGAUUUUGAAGAAAAAAAUAUGCUCGCUUCUAUUCCACGUCCAAGUCCCUCACAAAUCAAAGCAAUUGAAGCUGCCAUUGACGAGGUUGUUCAGACGAAUGGUCUAACUGAAGAUGAUGUGAAAAAGAGACAUGAAAUUACAAGAAAAAUGGAAAAUGUUCUGCGGCACUUAUUGCCAGACUGCUCACUGAGACUCUAUGGCUCUUCUUGCACAGGAUUUGGCUUUAGAGAUUCUGACCUUAACAUUGAUAUUCAAUUUCCAGCUCAUAUGAAUCAACCAGAUGUGCUGGUGCAAGUUCAGGAAAGCCUCAGGAAUAGCAUUUCUUUCAUUGAUGUUGAGGCGGAGUUCCAUGCCAGAGUGCCUGUCAUACUAUGCAGAGACAAGCAAAGUGGCCUUUUAUGUAAAGUAAGUGCAGGCAAUGAAAAUGCAUGGCUCACAACUUGUCACCUAACUGCCUUGGCAAAGUUUGAACCUUCUCUUACUCCACUGGUUAUUGCCUUUAGGACUUGGGCAAAGCUUUGUCAUCUUGAUUGCCCCGAGGAAGGAGGGAUACCACCCUAUGCUUUUGCUUUAAUGGUAAUAUUCUUUCUUCAACAAAGGACAGAAUGUGUGCUACCUGUGUAUCUUGGAUUAUGGAUUGAAGGAUUUUUGAUGGAUAACUUGACCGACUUCUAUCUUAAAGGAGUAGAAAACAAUGAGGUUAUCUGGGCAUAUAAAUCGAGUGAGAAUGAUGUUUCAUAUGAAGGGAAGGUUCCACUUGUCUUUGAUCAACAAAGUUCUCUACCUGUAGGACAACUAUGGCUUGAACUACUUCGAUUUUAUGCAAUUGAAUUUACAGUGACUUACUUCGUUAUUAAUAUACGAAUCGGAGAACCACUUUCUCGAGAAGCUAAAGACUGGCCCAACAGGAGAAUUGCCGUGGAAGAUCCAUAUGCUGUAAAGAGGAAUGUUGCACGAACCUUAAGUAGCCAAAUGGUAUUUGACUAUUUCAUUCAUUGUUUGCGAGCAACAUACAAGUACUUUGCAAUACCUCGAUACAAAUCAGCAAGAUUCAACAAAAAAAACAAUGAGAAAAUUGUUUCUAAAGCAGAGUCUGCUUUUAUGGCACACCAGCAGGAUUUGCUUGACUGUUGUACUUCAGUGGUGAAGCUACCAGAAAUGACAACUGCCAGUUCAGCAGAACUUCUUAAUGGAGAAUGGCAACGGAUCCAUGAUGGUGCUCCAUGUAAUGAUAGUGAAAAACUACCUUCUAAAAAUUCCUACAGAAACUCCGAAACAUUACAAGAGUGUGAGGGUGAAAGCAUCACAGAGGAGGAGAUGAUAUCUGAAAUGCAAAAGUUCAGAAUUACUGGAGAUGACUUAUCGGAGGGUGAUGAAAAUCAAUCAGAAAGUGAAGGUAAAGAUGGUAAUGAACUCUUGGAAAGUGCAAAUCAUAAAGAACUGUUUAAUAUAUCUGAACAACAGAAAGACGAUUCAACACUUGCUGGCAGGAUACUAAUUGAAGAUAGAUUUGCACAAUCAUUAGAAGCAGAUAAUGAGAUCUCCAGUGAUGAUGAAAUUGGGUCUUGUGUGAACCACAUGAUUUGUUACAGAGAUCACCUUAAUUCAGAAAGUCUUUCAGACUCUGAGAAUUUUCUGAAUUCUCAGAAUAUUGAAGGUGCUGAUGUUGACAUUGAAGAUUCUAAUCAACUAGAAAUGAAAGUUGAUGAAGUCACAUUAAAUGAAGUUAGAGAAAGCUCUGACAGUACCGAGGAACUGCAUGGUUUCCCUAAGAAGGCAAUGCAGCAUGAGAAAAGGACUUUAAACAGGAAUGAAGAGGAUGAGGAGGAAGAUGACAUCGAUAUUGAUGAAUUGGAUCUAAAUAUCACACCUCGAGCUCAUCUUGACAGUCUUACAGCUGAAGAGGAAUUUGUGACUAUAUCAACAGAGUCUAGUGAGGAAGAUAAUCAGUCUGAAGAAGAUGAAAUAAUUGAAUUGCGAAACUGGAAAGAACAUGUACUUAAAAGUCAUAGUGAUGUGACUUCUCAAGCAAACAAACAUGCUCCAAGCAAGAUUCAAAAGCAGGAAGCUCAAAAUGAAAAACACAGGGAAGUUACUGUUGGAAAGACUGACCCUACCUUGCAUCGAUGUGAAUCACAGAUCGAGGACAACAUGCUUUACGUAUUCAGUAAAUUGUCUUUUACAAAGGGAAAGGCAUCCAUAAUUGUUUGUAGCUUAUGCAAGCGAGAAGGCCACUUAAAGUAUGAUUGUCCAGAAGACUUCAAAAAAGUUGAUCUUGAUCCGUUGCCACAAAUGACACCAAAAUUUCUGGAAGAACUUAACAAAGUUUGUAUCCAGUGUUUCUCUGACUUUUCUCCAGAUCGUCUGGAAAUUCAAGCACGUGAGCAUAUUCUCGUGGAUCUGCAGUCGUUUAUCAGGAGGGAACUUAAUGCUAAGGCAAAACUCUGCUUGUUUGGGUCUUCCAAGAAUGGGUUUGGUUUUAAGCAAAGUGAUCUUGACAUUUGUAUGACGUUUGAAGACCGGGAAACAGCAGAGGGAUUAAAUUGUAUCAGGAUCAUUGAGAAUUUGGCAAGAGUGCUCAGAAAGAAUCCAGAUUUAAAGAACAUUUUGCCCAUUACAACUGCCAAAGUUCCAAUUGUUAAGUUUCUCCAUGUAAGAAGUGGCCUUGAAGGAGACAUUAGUUUGUAUAACAUUCUGGCCUUGCACAACACUGGACUGUUAGAUUGUUAUGCAGCAAUUGAUCCAAGAGUGAAAUAUAUAGGCUAUACCAUGAAGGUUUUCGCCAAGGUCUGUGAUAUUGGUGAUGCAUCAAGAGGCAGCCUAUCAUCAUAUGCAUAUACUUUAAUGACACUUUAUUAUCUACAGCAACGGAAGCCACCAGUAAUUCCUGUCCUUCAAGAGAUAUAUCCUGGGAUAAAAAAGCCAGAGCACUUUGUUGAUGGUUGGAAUGUGUAUUAUUUUGAUAAAUUGGAUGAACUGAAAAAUACGUGGCCAGACCAUGGAAAGAAUAAGGAGUCCCUUGGAGAGCUUUGGCUGGGACUUCUCAGAUUCUACACAGAGGAGUUUGACUUUAAAGAACAUGUCAUUAGUAUCAGGCGAAAGUCUCUACUCACAACCUUUAAAAAGCAAUGGACGUCCAAAUAUAUUGUUAUAGAAGAUCCGUUUGACCUCAACCAUAAUCUUGGAGCUGGAUUGUCCCGAAAGAUGACAAAUUUUAUCAUGAAAGCUUUCAUCAAUGGGAGGAAAGUUUUUGGAACACCGAUUAAGUGCAUCCCAGUGCAGUAUCCUAUGAUUAUGGAAUAUUUCUUUGAUCCAGAAAUUCUGACUGAGGGGAAGGGAGCUCCAAAUGACAGAUGCUGUAGAAUUUGUGGAAAAAUUGGACAUUUUAUGAAAGAUUGUCCAAUGCGGAGAGGCAGUAAAGCAAGACAACAGCAAAAUAUCGAUGAUCACAAUGCCCGUUUUAUAAAUGCUGGCAAAUCGGAAAAACUCUUGGAAAAGGCAAGAAGAAUGAUUGAGAAAGAUUCUCCAAAAAAGGAAGUGCCAAAGUUGUAUCGGCAAGGUUUAAAAGAUUCUCCAGGAAAAGUAGAGACGUCAGAGAUUCAUACACCUAGGAAGUCAAAGGAAGAAAGAGCAGCAAAUGAGAUGCUCAGGGACAGAACUCCUAGGCAGUAUCCCGAACAAAGGAAGAAACAGGAGGAGAGAAUUUGUUUUAUCUGUGGUAAAGAAGGCCACAUCAAAAAGGAAUGUCCUUGGCACAAAGGAGAAAAAAGUACCGAAUUUGCUGUAAAUGCAUCCCCCUCAAUCUCUAACUUUGGAAAUGAGAACACCAAAGGAAAUGUGAAGAAAAAACAGAAAGGAAAUUCCCAAUCAGGUCUCUCUAGCAAAGUGUCUACAAAUUCAACUCAGGGAAGAUCUCCACAGAAAAAGAUGCAAUCAGAAUGAAUAUUAAAGGAUGCUGAAAAUUGAUUUAAAUUGUACUUUAGUUUGAUAAUAAAUUGUCAACUUUGUGCAAAUCCUCCUCAAUUCUCCCAUAGUUAAGAAAACCUAAUGACGGUUUUAUGCUUGUUCUUGAAAGAAUAAAGUGAUUUUAUGUUUAAUAAAAUGUUGUCACAUGUCCCUGAUCUUACUGAGUUUAAAUGUUUUUAAUUAGACCAUAUUCUGUUCAGAAUAUUUUGUUGUGAUACUUAGUGUAAUUUUUGAGCAUUAUUUUAGUCGUUCGACCUAAUGCCUUUUCUAUAAAUCACCAACUUUACUAAUCAUUGUUCAAAUAAAAUAGAUAUUUUGGCACUUUAACUUUUAAAUUAUUUCAGAACAAUUAAUGUAAUAACGUAGUCCAGAAAAUAUGCAUUUUGUUCCACAAAAACAUCAAAUUUUCAGGAUUUUAUUGUCUUUGUUUUGUAGUGCCAUAUUUACAAUUCCUUGUAAUGGAGAAGGAGGGGCAGUUUAUACAGAAGGUCCUUUUGGUACAAUUAUAAAAACACAAAUAUCACAACAGUUACUCAAUAGUCCUUUAAUUUGCAUGGAGUUACAAAGAAUAAAUGCAUCAUUGUUUAUUAACAAAUUAAACUUAAAUACUGCUGCUUUGGCAAGACCAAAUUAAUGGAUUUCCAUUUAUUAGCUUGACCCACAAAUUAGAGCCAAAAAAUAGCUAAUUUGAAUUAUUUUAUCAAUUAUAUUUUUGUGCUGUUGGAUUUUUUUUGGAGGGGUGGAGUAUUAUCCAAGAACAUAAUACAGUGACACGUUUUGUGUAAUCCACUGAAUGUGGCAUAACAAAAGAAAGGAAUCAUGAACCUGCUUGAAACUGUUUGAUUGUGAUAUUUGUGAUUUGUUGCUUUGGAAUAGAUAUGUUUUUGAGGAUUUGCUGCUUUAAUUACUCAGAUGUUGAAACAAUGCUUGUAUAAAGGAAAUGUGGACAGGUACCUUGUGUUUGUACAUAUGUGGUAAAUGUACAUUCAAUCAACUGCUGUGUGUAAAGUCUUGUGAAGAAAAAUAAAAUUCUUAGAAAAAUUUAAA